GGGUAUUUCCAUUUUAACAGAAAACAAUCCCUGAACCCAAAGGAAUGAAUCCCUAAUGGUGGAGUUUCAGGCAUUGGUGACAGGCUGAACCCGGACUCCCAGGGCCAGUGCUUACACCUGACAAAUGAUGGCCUGAGCUAUGAGCAGACAGGACUAUAUGAACACUUCGGUGCAAGAGCCCCCUCUUGACUACUCCUUCCGAAGCAUCCACGUGAUCCAAGACCUGAUGAGCGAGGAGCCACGGACAGGGCUACGACCACUAAGGCACUCAAAGUCAGGGAAGUCACUGACCCAGUCCCUGUGGCUGAACAACAAUGUCCUCAAUGACCUCAGAGACUUUAGCCAUGUGAUUUCACUGCUUCUGGAGCAUCCAGAGAACCUGGCCUGGAUCGACCUGUCCUUCAAUGACCUGACUUCCAUCGACCCUGUCCUGACAACUUUCUUCAACCUCAGUGUACUCUAUCUCCAUGGCAACAGCAUCCAGCGCCUGGGAGAGGUGAACAAGCUGGCUGUCCUCCCACGGCUCCGGAGCCUGACACUCCACGGGAAUCCCAUAGAGGAAGAGAAGGGGUAUAGGCAAUAUGUGCUGUGCACCCUGCCCCGUAUCACCACACUCGACUUCAGCGGGGUCACCAAAGCAGACCGUGCCACAGCAGAAGUGUGGAAACGCAUGAACAUCAAGCCCAAGAAGGUCCAGAUCAAGCAGAAUGCACUCUUGAGGUUCCCAGGGCCCCAGCAGUCCUAAAGGCUGAAGACAGUCAGUUUGGUUUAACAAUAAACGAUUUGAGCAGUUGA